AUGUCUGACGUCCGCCUUUUCACUGCUCGUCCAUUGCCGAAGCACCAGGCACGGAAAGACUUGAAAGAUGCAUUUCGUGUCCAUCUAUCUUCCUCUUCGCUAGCUGCUCUAAGGCUUCAAUCAGAGAGUAUUUGCACGCUGAGGCAAGGCGAUGGGCCACCGCUGACUGCCAUAGCAUGGUAUGCAACAGAGAACAUCCAGAGCACAGUCGUGCAAAUAUCAAGGACACUUCAGGAUUGCUAUGAUAUCAAGAUCGGAGAGAAAACCUCUAUCACCAGGGCUGAAGGCCCCCUAGAAAACAUCGACCUAGUGACAUUGGUGGACUGUUCAGAUCCCGAAAAAAUUGCCAGAUAUGGCUCAAUUUCAGAAAGUGACAGGUCCCAUUGGGAAUGGGUCCUGGAUGAAAAGCUUCUCCGAUGCGAGUGUUUGACGGCAGGCUUGACUUUUGAGCUGGAGCUCAAGGGCCAAUCUAGGAGUUUCCGAGUGGUUAACAUACAUUCACAGAACCCUCACUCUAGUCAUACGCUUUUUCAAUUCACAGAGGCGUCCAAGGUUUCCCUUGGUCCAAUCACAGAAAGAAAAGAAGAAAAUUCUUCAGCCAUAGCAGUGCAAUCUGCUGGCCUUGGAGGCCUCUCCCGCCAGAUUGACGACAUCAAUGAGAGCUUAUCUGAUUUUAACAUUGAUCCGCUGAAGCCGGUGAUGCCAUCAUUCUACGAGAACAGCCGAGGGAUUCUACUCUAUGGACCAAAGGGGACUGGCAAAACAAGUCUUCUAGAACAGAUUGAAAAGGCUGGCUGGAAGCAAACGUUCAGAAUCGGCAUGUCAACUUUGGGCAGAAAUACCAAUGAGGGCGAGGUGAAGCUGCGCAAUAUCUUCCAGGAGGCGGCUCGCUCUAACCCCAGUGUGAUCAUCAUCGACCAGUUGGAAUUUAUUGCCCCUAAGCGAACCUCGAUUGAAUCUCAGUCUCUUGCAUCUGUUCUUUGUGAGAAUCUAGAUGCUAUACGAAAUACAUCGAUCCUCGUGGUGGCCGCAACAAGAAACCCUAAUCAAGUCGAUGACGCCCUCAGAACGCCCCAUCGACUUGGGACAGAAAUUGAGAUCCAAGUCCCUACCGCUCAGGACCGAGCUGAAAUACUACAUGCCAUUCGUGGGCCAGUAUCUGCCGGUUUGACCGACGAGCUCAUAGAGCUACUAGCAGAAAAGACACACGGAUACGUUGGAGCUGACCUUUUUGCCCUUCUGCAAUUGGUCUGUCGCAAAGCCCGACAACGACAACUGUUAGAGCAAAAUUCCACAGCCAUGUCGGCCGACCCGGUCGACCCGUAUAGCUCGCACCACGGAGGUUCCAGCGAUGAAUUGACCAUCUCAUUGGAGAUACAAGAAACAGAUAUCUUGCUUUCUCUCCAGGAAAUUCGUCCCACGGCCAUGCGGGAAGUGUUCCUGGAAACCCCAAAGGUGAGAUGGUCCGACAUCGGUGGACAGCAUGAUAUCAAAAGACGCCUCCAAAAAGCCAUUGAGCGGCCCUUGAAGUAUCCUCAACGGAUGCUCAGACUUAAUGUGAAUAGUAAAAAGGGUGUUUUACUUUACGGGCCGCCAGGUUGUUCCAAGACACUGAUGGUCAAAGCCCUAGCCACAGAGGCAGGGCUGAAUUUCCUGGCAGUCAAGGGUGCAGAGAUUCUCAGCAUGUACGUUGGAGAGUCUGAGCGAUCAUUGAGAGAGAUCUUCAGAAAGGCCCGAGCAGCACGACCAAGUAUCAUAUUCUUCGACGAGAUUGAUGCCAUUGCUGCUCGACGCAGUAGUAGUUCGGGAGGGGUCAAUGUGCUUACGACUUUGCUAAACGAAAUGGACGGUAUUGAGGAGCUCCGAAGCGUGUUGGUCAUUGCUGCUACCAACAAGCCCGAUGUUUUAGACCCUGCAUUGAUGCGACCUGGACGAUUGGACAACAUCCUUUAUAUUGGUCCUCCGGACUUUGAGGCGCGUAGGGAAAUCCUGCGCAUCUGGGCUAAGAAGUCUGUGGUAAACCCAGAAGUCGACUUGGAUAAUCUGGCAUCUCUGACUGAGGGCUAUUCUGGCGCCGAGAUUGUGAGCAUCUGUGAAACCGCUGGAGAUGCAGCACUUGACGACGAGGAGGAAACGCAACAGGAGCAAGAUGUGCAGUGGAAACACUUUGAAUAUGCACUUGGACAAGUGCGACGGCAAAUCACGGAUACUGUCAUCCAAGAGUAUGAGAGAUGGAAAGAGGGCUAG